CUUGAAGGAAAAGUUUGUACAUAUGGGCCAUGCUAUGUCAAAAAUAAAUACCACUGUGUUUACUUCUGAGCAGUCAUUGAAUUGGAUAUAAAUAUUUAAAGUCAGUGGAAACUUUUUAAAGUGUGAUAGCAACACCAGGUUGUAAACAAAGUAUACUUGAUAAAAUUUAAUGCAAGUGGAUAGCUAGCUACGUAAUACAAUAAAUUUGGAUCAUAUUUAUACUUAAAGAACUCCCCGGAGUGGGGUUGUUAUUUUAUAAAAUGGAGAUUCCUCAAGUUGCAGUGUAUCGGACAUUCUGUUGUAUAUGGAUCUUAUAUGUGACCUGUGUCAAAUCCGAAAGUCUCGAUGAAACUUUGACGAAACGCUUCCUCGAUGGGUAUCGUCACACGUCUGUCCGACCAAGUGAAUCCGUUAACGUUUCAUUUGGAAUGGCUGUGAACUCUAUCGAUGAAUUGAAUGAAAGGAACGAAGUCAUUGAAAUCAACGCAUAUUUACGAAUGAAGUGGACAGAUAAUUAUUUUUCAUGGAAUACAUCAUACUAUGUAAAUGUCAUUGACAUUGCGGUAACGCCGGAAAGUAUAUGGACCCCGGACAUUCAGUUGUACGAAACAGUUGGUGUGGACGCCUACUAUACUCACAAGACCCUAGUGAAAGUAGAUUCUAAAGGCUCCGUGCUUUGGGUCCCACAUAUGACACUAAAGACGAAAUGUGCAAUGAACUUUAGGCGGUUCCCCUAUGAUACACAGACCUGUCAGUUGAAGUUCGGAUCGUGGAUUUACACGAUGAAACAACUGGACUUACAGCCCUCGGACGAAUUGAAAGAUCUCAACAGUUUUAAACAACCUCGGGGUUGGGUCCUCACAAAGUUCAACCACAAGCGCAUUAUACAGAAAUACGGAUGCUGUGAAGAUGCUUACGUCGAUAUUGUGUACGAAUUACAAGUCUCUAGGCGAUCUUCGUUCUUUACUUGUGCCCUGGUUGUACCCAUUGUUUUUGCAGCUAUGAUAUUGCCAUUUUUGUUCCUCAUUCCGCCACACUUUGUGUCAAGGCUUAUCGUGGCAAUUGGCCUGAUAACAUUCGAAGGAAUUGGCAUUAUCGCAGUCCAGAAUAAGUUGUCCUUUGAGCAUAAUGAGAUUCCAUUGAUUGUGACGUUUAUGAGCAUCACCAUAGUGCUAAGUGUCUUCAACAUUGUCCUGUCUAUCUUCGCUCUGUCUGUUUGGACUUAUGGAUUAUUUGGGAAACAGCCACCGAAUACUGGGCGAUUAUCCUGGUGCAUUCCAUCUAUUGUACCAUACGCGUCUUACACAUUCGAAGAAGACCACACUGUAUCCAUGCAAAAUCUGCCGAACGCAAUUCAUACUGAAGGCUCUCAAUCGGAAUCACCUGGCACGACUGGGACAGCUGCUCAGAAGGAUGCCUCUGCAAUGGACAGCAUGAUAUCUGGCUGGCGCCGAGUUGUUUUGGUCGUCGAUAGGAUCAUGUUCUUGCUGUACUCUAUCAUAUUUGUUGUUUUGAGUGUGGCGUUAUGUGCGGACGUCUAACCUGAGUAAAAAAGACUCGUU